AUGAUUAGAAAAGAGUACCAGAAAGUACCUAGUUUAAGCAUCCUGGGAGUCCUAUUCGUUGUUAUUAGAUUUCAAGGAAUCUUUACUCAAUGUACAGCACCAACACAAUGUAUAAAAGAUUUACAUCAUGUAUGCAAUGGAGAACAUUCAUUUUUAUAUUGUAAUAAACCUGGUGAUAUACCAGUAGAAGGAAAUUUAUAUUGCCCACAGGGUAGUUAUUGUGUUCAUUCUCCAGAAAUAUGUUCGACACGUGAACCACCAGCAUGUGAAUCAAAAUGUUCUAUAUGUGAUAAAGGUAAGAAUAUAGCAUGUAUAAGUAAAACACAAUUUGCAUUCUGUUUACGUGAUGAAGUUAAUUACUCAUUAAAUCGCACAUGUCCCAAAAAUCAAGUAUGUGCAUUGGGAAUUAAUGGAAUAUGUAGUAAUUCUAAUAUGUAUCUUUGUGAAAAAGAUAAACCGGAAAAACCUACUCCUCCAACAAAUUUACCAUCAAAAGAUGAAGUUAUUAAAAGAUGUAAUGCUGCACAAAAAAUUGGUAAAUUUGCAACAAAUGAUUGUAAAAAAUAUAUAUAUUGUUUUAUAAGAGCUGGAGGUUUUAGUGGAAAUGUAUAUCCUUGCCCGGGCGACACUUUAUUUAAUUGUAAAACACAACAAUGUGAUACAAUUUGUAAUAAUUCAUGUCCUGAAAGGGUUUGAAUUCAAUUUUUUUUAUUUUCAAAUUUAUUAAACACUAAAAUUUUAUAUUUAAAUUUAAAAUAAUUUUUAAAGUGUCAUCAUACCUCAUAAAUAGAUAAAUAAUUAGUUUAAGAAACAAC